CGUUCGAUUUCUUCUUCUUUCCUCUCUCUCUCUGCAACGCGCUCUGUUCAUUUUUUUUUACCUUCUCUGCAAAACCCAUUUUCUUUAAACACUCAAGAAACCAUGUCUCUCUCUUAUCGCUUAACUAAAAUGGGUACUCGCCUUCAACUCUCUCUCCUCUGUUUCGCCAUUUUCCUCCUCUGGAACGCCCAAGAAUCCCUCUCUUUAUUUCUCUUCCCCAUCCCCUCUCAAGGAUUCAACAUCACCACCACGGCGCACCCACCAUUGCCCCAUUACCCUGAAACCCACACCCUGCUCGCGCCGAUCCUCACGAACCUUGGCUACACAGAGCUGGCCAUGGCGGUUCCCUCUUUAUACGACUCCUAUCUCUCUUCUUGGGCUGGUCCUGCAACUCUCUUUGCCAUUAAUGACCAGGCCAUUCGUUCUUGCUCCAGUUGCUCUCGUCCUCAAAUCCUCAAAGAGCGCAUAAUCCCUGGUCUGUUCACUUACCACCAUCUCUCUAAGCUCGCUCAUGGCACCAAGAUCCAAACCAUGAGCUCCGAUCGCUGUAUCACUGUAACCUCCAUGAACUCAACUGAGAAUACCACCAAGAUCUUGAUCGAUGACGUCCAAAUCACCCGCCCUGAUCUCUUCAACGAUGGUCUCUUGGUGAUCCAUGGCUUGGAUGGCUUCGUUUUCCCUCCCUCACCUCAAUCCAGUUUCUCGCCGGAAAAUUAUACCUCUCCCCUCACUUACUCACCGGAAAACCACACCUCCUCCGAUCCCUAUUCAACAAUAAACUACACCAGCCCUCUCACUUACUCACCGGAAAACUACACCUCCCCCAAUACCAACUCCACAGUAAACUACACCAGCCCCCUCACCUACUCGCCGGAAAACUACACCUCCCCCCCAACCUACUCGACGGUAAACUACACUACCCCCCUCACCUACUCGCCGGUAAACUACACCUCCCCCGAUACGUACUCACCGGCAAACUACACCCUCCCUCUGACCCAACCGACGGAGAACACCACUGGCGCCGGAAAAGCAACACCAUCUGAUUUCCCGAACACUUUUCCGACGAUGUCGAUGCGUUCAUCUCUCAGAGACGUGAAGCUGAGGCUUCGAUCCUCGGGCUUCAGCAUCGCGGCCCUGGCCAUGAAACUCAAGUACCGCGAGCUCGUGGCCCUGCGAAAUAUGACCAUCUUUGCCCUCGAUGACCGCUCUAUUUUACAUGGAGGGCACGCCUACGUUAACAACGUGAGGUUCCAUAUCGUGCCCGACCGUUAUUUGAAGGGAUCAGACCUAGCCCAGUUACAGGUGGGCGCACGCCUACGGACCCUGGUUCAUGGCCAGAACCUCGUGGUCACGAACCCUGGCUCGGCUGUGAGCUCUCCGAGGAUCAACUUCUCUCCACUGAAGGGGCUCGAUGUGGCGUACAAUUCGAGGAUUGUGGUGCACAGUAUCUCUGUGCCAUUUCCACGAAUUGGAGUAGCGGAUUGGAUCAUCUCGAAAAGGUUGCCUCAUGAGAUGGGAUCGACCGCGGAGAUUGCGCCGGUUGGACGUGUAGCUGCGUUGGUGGCCGUGGAUAAUGCGAUCGGAGGCUGAUUUCCUCGGCCCCCCUCUCUCUCUCAUUCUUUGUUUUUCUCCAUUUUUUUUCUCUUUCGGAAAGGGGAGCUCGCCGGAAUCUUGUGCGGUUAAGUCGCCGGUAAAUUUCAACGAUUUAAGGGUUGGAGAGGAUGUGAAUUUGGGACUUCGAAAUCUGACACACUCAAAUUGGAAGACUUUUUUCUUGUUU